AUGUUUACUAUCUAUCUAUCUAUCUAUCUAUCUAUCUAUCUAUCUAUCUAUCUAUCUAUCUCACCAACCGAAGGAUACAAGCCUCCCUUGAAUUAUGCUGAAUUGAGACCCUUCAUCAUUGAAUUAGGGAUUUGCUUCAUUCACGUCAUUUCCGGUCGAAUCUAUCUAUCUAUCUAUCUAUCUAUCUAUCUAUCUAUCUGUUCAUAUAUAUGUCUCUCUUUAUCUCUCUGUUCGAGCGCCUCCCUCACCGAACCAACUUUAGAUCCACCCCCACCACCGCAUAUCUCUCAUGCUUGUUCUUUUUUUCCCUCCAUUGUUUCUCCUAAUCUCUUUUUUUCUUCUUCUUCACAUUUCUUUAUCUUUUCUGUCACGCACGCAAGUAUACGAUCUCUAACUGACACAUGUAGACGCAUACAGCAUUCAAUCUCACCUUGGCGUUUACGUCGUAACACUAACCGAUCGACAAGUAGAUAUACAGAUGAUUACACAAUCGAGGUAUUGCGGAUUUUACAAACAAAUGUGUGUACAGAUUUUUAG